CGGUACGUCCGAGAAUGCAUUCGCACGCAGUAUGCGCCACUAUACGGCCAACCAGUGGCCUGCGUGAAGGGAUAUCAUUCCAGACCACUGCUGCAAUCAGCUUCACUUGUGGCUGUAGACCGCGGUGACCAUACAUUGGCGAACAGAUUGGCUACUGCGGUAGGCAGCGAAGUCGACAAAUGCUGCGUUAGAUUCUGGGUUGCCUAUGAAUUUCGAACCAAACAUCAGAGACAUGCCCAACGAGCUUUUGCUGUGGUUGUGUCGUAUUUGGACGGUAGUGCAUUAUUUGCCCUCGCAAAAUCAUGCAAAAACUUUGAUUUUAAACUGCAGCCCAGCAUCUGGAAAUACAACAUCAAAUUUCAGAACAGCAAUCUGUUGCACUUGGCCGUCAAAUACGACAACGUUGGUCUUGCGGAGGCUUUGCUCCAGCACAAGGCCAACAUCAAUGCAUUUUACCGAGGCAAAACUCCUUUAAUGAGGGCGCUCAAAUACUCUUCCGCUGCUGUGCGGGACCUCUUGCUCAGUCGUGGAGACCUACACAUCAACAUUCAAAAUCAAGCGCGGGAGAGCGCGCUGUGGUAUGCUAUCCACUACGGAACCUUUUCCGCCGUCAAAAGUGUCUUAAAUCAACCCAACGUCCAGGUGGACAUCAAGCACAAACACGGCCGAACGGCGCUCCACCUAGCAGUCUUCGCAGGCCGAAUAGGGUUCGUGCAUCUGCUACUUUCUAGAGGCACCGACCCUGAUCUACAGGAUGAUUCGGGCCACUCGCCAUGGGACUGUGCACGUCGCUUCAAUAGACCCGUGAUGGAAACGAUUUUUUCAAACGAUCCGAUGGCCGAGGUGUUUCUUGGUACCCAAUCAUCACAGGAGGCUGAGCUACCUCUUCACCAUGCAGUAUCCUAUGGGUCGGUAGAUGUUGUCAAACGGCUUCUCGGACAAAAGGGCCUGAAUUUGGACAUCCAGAACCGGAAUGGCUAUACGCCGCUCCAUCUCGCCAUUCAAAGCGAUCGCCUAGAAAUGGUCAAUUUGCUCCUAAGUCACCCCCGUGCCAACGUGAACUGCAAAGACAAAAAUGGCAAUACGCCACUUUGGCUGUCGACUUACUCGUCAUGCGACGAGAUAACCGAAAGGCUGUUGGCCGAGAAAGACAUCAAUGUGUCAAUUUUGUUGGAGGCCGUGGGAGAUUCGAGACGCUGUCUACAUCUCUCCACCACGCCGCGGCCAGGUUGGAUACCGUGCUCCUACGACGGCUGCUUGCGGUGCCAGGGAUCAGCCUGA